AUGAAACGACGCCAACGUGUUGCUUAUUUCAGUAGCUUCUAUAUCGUCAUUGCAAUAGGUCGUGCUUUUACGACAGCGCGGAAUCACGUGUUUUUUAAGGUUACGUUAUUAUUUUCGCAUUUGUUUACAAGCGUGAAACUGUUACAAAAUAUUUGUAUACAAAUGGUGCGAAAUUACGUUCGUAAAACCGAUAGAGGCGGUUGGACGGAAGAGCAGAUGUAGAAUGCUGUUUUAGCUGUAGUGGAAAAUAAAAUGGGUUAUUACUUAGCUGCAAAAUCUUUUGAGGUUCCUCAAACUACGUUGGAACGAAAAGUAAAAUUGGCUAGAGAAAAAAUGGACAAUUUACAAAAACUAAAAGUACCUCUGGGUUCAAAAUCUGGCCAUGCAAUCCUACUGUCUUCACUGAAUACGAUUUUAUCGCUUCUGAGACCACUAAUACAAAUUUAGUACAGGAUCAAUUACCCCAAGCUAAUUUUCUCCAAAAUCCAGCGGAAAGUACAAACCCAAGAUUAAAUGAGAGCAAUCCUAAUACAUCGACGCAAUCAUCAAGCACCACACAGUCUCAGUCCUCCAGUCCUCAGCCAGGUUGUACAUUUUGGAACACAAGUCGAGAGGAACAAAUUCAUUCGCCAACAUAAAAUACGUCAUUUACACUAGUUAGUCCUAAGCAGCUACUGCCACCACCGGUUACCACAAAGAAAAACAGAAUCAAAACUAGGAAAAAAGGGAAGACUCUAGUUAUAACCUCUUCGCCUUAUAAGGAGGAGCUUGAGAAGGAAUUACAAGAAAAACAACAGAAGGAGCAACUAAAAGUCAAAAGGAGCAUCGAUAGACAAAUGAAGUAAGAAGAAAACCAGAAAAUCAGAUAAGCUAAAAAGGAAAGCGUCCCAGACAUGAGUCAACUGACGAAAGCGACGAUGAGGAAGACACCUCACGUCUCUAUUGCAGUGGAUUAUAUUCCGAAUCUGUAGGGGGCUGGAUAAACUGUAUAAAGUGUAAUAAAUGGGCGCAUUGCGGUUGCGCAGACGUUGAGGAUGAUGACGAUGAAGCCGCGCACAUCUGUUUAUUGUGUAAACCCAAGAAAUAGUUCUUUUGGUACUAUGAGCUUCAGUCCCUUUAAGUUUUAUUAGGCAAUCCAAUUUUAUUUUGGUUAAAUGUUGUUUAAUUCUUUUCAUGUUGACAUUAUAUUAUAAACCCCCUAUGGGGCAAGACGGGGAAAAUCUUACUUUUUCAGUUUUCCCAGUUUAAAAAAAAAUAAUUUGUUUUCGGCUAUUAUUUGUACACUUAUAACCAAUGAAUACUAUAAAAUAAAAAAUA